AUGCGGCCGACUUCCUGCGCCGCCUGUCCAUCGCGGACGCCAAGGUUCUGCUGGAGCGGACGAGGUGCGAAGGAGAAGGAGAACAAGACGAAGGAGAUGCAGAAGAUGAUCGGCGUCAGGUACCGCGACCUCAUCGAGUCGGCGGACAAGAUCGUGAACAUGCACUCGGCCGCUCUGCGCCUCGAGGUGUCGCUGAAGGAGAUGCCCGAGAAGUGGAAGCAGAUGGAGCUGGCUCUGGCCGGCGCUCUGGCUGUGGAGGGCCAGGAGAUGACAUCGGACGACGCCACCGACGCCGACAGAGUGGCGUUCCUGGUGGAAGUGCCCGAGCAGAUGUGGCAGCUGCUGGACGAGGGCGAGUCGCUGAAGGCGCUGGAGCUCUAUCAGCGGGCGACCAAGGUCCACGAUGAAUGCGUCACGAGGGCCGCGGAGCAGGAGUUUCCCUUUCUCCAGACGCAGUGGACUUGCAUUCAGUGCUUUCGGCCGAGGAUGGUUGCGUGCGCUAAGAGUUAUCUAACUUGCCGGGGAAAGGAAAGUCGAUUUUAUGCGGACAACUUGUGCACUCUGGCGGUGCUGAGCGACCCCCCCAUUGGCGCUGACAAGCUGUUUGGGGUGUUUCUGGAGUCUCGCUCGAAGUGGAUGACUCCUAUUGACAACAAAGAUAGCGAAGAGCACACAACGCUGACACCUGCCAAGAAGGAGCGCUCUUUGAUGAUCAUUCUGAAAGCAAUCAGCAUGACGAUGGCACAAACAGAGAACAUUUUUGGAGACGGAAGCUAUAGGGGUCUUUUGGCCUCGAUCUCUCAACUGCCGCCGAGUUUCAAGGACGGACUGGAAAGGUUCGUAUCUUCGGGAAAGUUGUACAAACUGCUGAGCGACUGGUUCCAGCGAAAGCGACGACAGAUUUUAGAAGUGGUUGUGCCCAUUAUUUCAAGUAUUGACUCGAUCUCACUCUUGUCACAAGUUCAGUCGAAGCUGUAUGCCGUCAACAAAACCAACGGUGGCUGUCUGAAUGUGAAGCUAUGGAGUCGGGUCGUGAACGAGUUGCCUGGGAGUCGUGAGAACCAGUUGUCUGGUUCUGUUGAAUCGGUGUUUACUGUUCUCUUUGCGGAAGCAUUUCGGAAACGAACGCGCGAUUUGGUACAACACUCAUUCGUUGAAGCUCUUGAAGCGAUUAAAAGCCAAAUUCGUGCAAGCCUCGAAGAUACGGCAGCUCGUACUUCUCGAAGUGAUUUCCGUCUGCGAAACGUCAAGUUCUACGAUUACUUCGAAACUAUUCAGAAAAAGGCGGCCGACCUGGAUGCGAGUGAUCUCCAGAGCGUGCUGAUCGAAGAAUUUCUCCGCACGCUCUUUAAAUUGGUGCUAUUUUUCGAGCAGGAAUUUCCACUACCAGAGAGCCAAAAUGCCCGUUCUGUGAACCUGGCCCCAAGCGUGUUCCUGAGUAUCUCCAACAUCUUAGCGGGCAUCGUUGCCGGAUUUCAUCAUCAAAUGAACAAAUUGUUUCCAGGGACGACGACUUCAGUCUCGAUACCGGAGAAGGACCCUUCAUUGCUGACGGUCGGCCCAUCGUUUGAAAAGUACAGCAGUGAUGGAUUCGUCAUGAAAAAGCAAUUGAAGCCAGCACUGGAGGGUGCACUAAGCUGCUUUAUUGACGAAGAACUGCGGCGCGUGGAUGCUUUGGGAUUUCACUCUCUUUAUCUUGUCUCGGAGAUCAAGCGGAAGACUUCGUAUCCUCAGCUUUUCGUGAAUGUAGUGCAUGGGCUGUCAAAAAAGUACUGUGAGGCAUGGGCUACGAUCCUGCUGAACGAGAAGAUUGAACCGUUGCGCGAGCUAAUGCAGAUCGAGCGGUAUGGUGCCACGAACGAGGAAUGGAUCGCUACCCACGAAGGCUGGAUUGAGCAAGUGAUUUCUGACGAAGGUCUGGGGGGAGACACUGAUGAUUCCUCGUCCGAGUCGGAAAUGGCUCUCGGUGACGAAAAGGUGUGGCUACCAUGGUGCGAAACACCAACCGUCUCAAGCUUCCUUUUCUCUUGCUGCUAUAGCUUGGACGAUGCGAACCGGUUGGUUCAAAGAGCUAUUGGGACAAAGGAUGAACAGAUCAAGUUGAUGCAGCGUACUAUUCGCGAAGUGCUCGUCGAGCAACUCACUAUCGUCAGCGUGGCCGUCUAUGACGCUGUAGUCUCUCUUCUUGUCGAAGCGAAGGCGACUCAAAAGGAUUCAGUGCUGAAUUUUGGCGAAUGCUGCAUCCAGCAGUUCCUUUUCGACAUGUAUUUCGUCCGAGCAACGUUGGGCUUUUCCGACUUCAUUCGCUUUGGUUGGGGUGACGAAUUGAACCCAGAAGAGUGCUCUCCUGGACUGCUGAAGUUGACAAGCCUGUUCGAGCGAAUGCGCGAGUUCGUUGAUCCUGUGGAUUGGGAAAUCUACGGGCCACAGCUAAUUGAAAACGUUGUGCUCCAAUUCCGAAAGAGUCGAUUACUCUUUUCGUCGCUGUCAGAGUCGAAUGAUAUCAACAAAAUCAAUGGGAAAGAAAUUGUUAUUGGAGCUCAAGACACCAGGCCGCUUGCUCGAAUCGCGGAGCCUGUCGCGAGGUUUUCACUGCUUCCGGUCCCAUCUAACCGCCGCAAAUUCCAGCGGACCAUGUCGUCGACAUCGCGCUCGAGUGAGGACAACACUACGGAGGGGCGAAGCAGAACCAAUAGCUCGACCCUUUUCCACGAGCGGUCAGGUGCGGAGGAUACGCCUCAGUCGUCGGCCAUGAAGCUGCAGAAUCUGCUGUCGGCGUCAGCGAGCUCAAACAUUUUUUCAGCGGCAACUUCAGGCACCAACUUGCUUUCUUCCGCCGCCAAGGGCAUCGGGUUCCUGUCCUCUGCAACUACAAACAAAUACUUUUGA